CACCGCGGUGUUGGUGAGAAACCAGCUGCCGAUGGGACACCCGACAGGUGGAAGUUCAUUCUGUGUUUGUAUUGAUAUAUGUCUUAUGUGCAGUUUAAAAUAUAGUUAUACAGAAUGUCCAAAAUUAGAAGAAAAGUAACAGUGGAAAAUUCGAAGACUAUAUCAGAUAGUACAUCCCGCAGGCCUAGUGUGUUUGAAAGACUUGGACCAAGCACAGGGAGUAAUGCAGAGACCCAAUGUAGAAAUUGGCUAAAGACUGGUAAUUGUGUUUAUGGAAAUACUUGUCGGUUUACGCAUGGGCCUCAGCCACGUGUAAAAGCUUACAGUGGCUCAUACAGAAGGUCACCUGAAAGACCUACUGGUGAUCUACGAGAAAGAAUGAAGAAUAAAAGGCAAGAUGUUGAGCAAGAAAGUCAAAAAAGAAAUCCUGAAGAUGCUUCAUCACCUGUUUCAAGGAGAGACUCCUCUCGAAGCAGACACCGUGAUAAAGAAGAUAUUAAAAUAACAAAGGAGCGAACCCCAGAGAGUGAAGAUGAACAAGGAGAAUGGGAAACAAACAGGGAAGUUGAUUCAGAUAAUGGGGACUAUGAUUAUGAAUUGUCUUUGGAAAUGAAGAGACAGAAAAUUCAACGAGAGCUACGGAAACUGGAACAGGAGAAUAUGGAAAAGAGGGAAGAAAUUGUUAUUAAGAAGGAGAAAUCACCUGAGGUGACUCGAUCUAAAGGAUCGCCUUCUUCAAGGAAGUCUAGUGGCUCACCCAAGUAUAAAACAAGCCCGAAAGUAGUUACUUCAGGCAAGAAAGAGAAAAAGUCAUCAGGCAUGUCUUCUCCUGGACCAGAUCAACCAAGAUCUUCUAAAUCAUCCCAAGCUAAAAAAAAAGGUCCACGCACCCCUAGUCCUCCUCCACCAGUUCAGGAAGAAAUUCCUAUUGUUAAAAAGCACAAAGAAAAGCAUAAAACUAAAGAGAGAGUGGAUGAAAAACAGAAGGAGUCAAAAGAAAGAGGCAGAGAUACAGAAAAACACAAGGAAAAGAAAAGGUCUCCCACCCCAUUGAGACACCAUCGCACACCUUCACCUUCCAGACAUCACUCUCCCUCAUCCCACUCAGGUUCUUCAGCACAAAGAAACUCCAUGUCACCUCGGCAUAAAAGGUCAUUGUCUCCAUACCAAAGAGAACUUGCUUCACCAUCUGCAAGAUGUUCUCGCUCCCCUUAUGCAACCAGAACUUCAUCUCCACAGCGUAAAGGGAGCCCUAGUCGGCAUCAUUCCCAAUCAAGAGACAAGGGUAGACAGGACAGAGAACGGACUCCUCCUUUGCAUGAACGGCGUCAUGACAGAAGAGAAGAUACAAAAGGCAGACCGAAACGGGAAAAAGAGAACAGAGAUGAUAGAGAUUACGAACCUGAACAGAGUACUUCACGGGAAACACGGGAAGAUAGAGAUACAAGAGAAAGGCGGGAGACACGAGACCGAAGAGAUAUUCGGGAAACCAGAGAGACACGUGAACCUCGGGAUACUAGGGAUUCUCGUGAUCACAGAGACAAAGACACUCGUGAGUCAAGAACAGAAGUGCGCUCUAGUCGUGAAACUCAUGAAUACAGAGAAAGAGAGCGGGAACGAGACAGAGAGAGAGGAGAGAUGCACAGAAAAGAAGAAGAAGAGAGGAGUUAUGGGAGGAUUCAUACGAGAGAAGAAGGUAGUCGUUCAGAUGCAAGAAGUGAGGCCAGGAGUGAAACACGAAAUGAUUCAAGAAGUGAAAGAACUGGAAGAGGAAGAGGACGAGGUGCUGAACCGAGUGAAAAAGGAAGUCGUGCAGCCAGAGGGAGUCAGUUUGAGAGCCAUAGCAAUAAUACAAGCUAUCAUGAGAAUUGGGAUUCUCGUAGCAGCCACACAGAGAGAGAUCGAUAUGAAGGUGAUAGGAGAGAACAAACCAGGGACUCUUCUUUUGAUAGAAGAGGUGGGCAUGCAGAACGAGACAGGAGAGAAAACAGAGACAGAGAUCAGAGACCAGCAUCACCAGCAAGACAUCAGGGGCGUAAUGAUGAAGCAGAGAGGGAAGAGAGAAGAGAUGAAAGAAGAGAUGAUAGACGGGAUGAAAGAGCAAGAGACCGAGAGCGUGAAAGAGAGCGGGAGAGAGAGAAGGAGCGAGAGAGGGAGAAAGAGAGAGAAAGAGAAAAAGAAAGGGAAAUGGAGCGAGAACGUGCAAGGGAGCGGGAAAGAGAGCGGGAGAGGGAACGAGAGCGAGAACGUGAAAGAGAAAAAGAGAGAGAGAGGGAAAGAGAGCGAGAAAGAGAAGAUAGAGAACGUGAAAGGAAUCGAGAGAGGGAGAGAGAAAGGGAACAACGAGAAAGAGAAAGACAGAGAGAACUAAGAGAAUGGGAAGAGAGGGAGAAGGGAAGAGAAGAUCGUAGAGACAAAAGAGAUGAUCAACGGGAAGAACGUACUGCAAGAGAUGUUCAUGAAGAAAGGAAACUAAGGAAGAGACGCCGAGCUGAAAGCAGUCCCAGUCCUCGACCCUCUCCCAAAAGAGCUCGCGAUCAGUCUCCUGAUAGUGAAGGUUAUAACAGUUCAGAGGAAAAAAGUGAGAAGCAUAGAUUGCUUAGCCAAGUUGUCCGUCCACAAGAGUCCAAUCGCUCACCGCAAAAGGUCUUGGAGGAGAAAAGUACUCGCUGGAAAGACGAUGAUAGGAAAAUUGAAAGAAAAGACAGAACUAGAUAUGAUGAACCAGAGCAUAGGGAAAGAGGGUUAAAUAGAGUAGAACGUCAAAGAGAUCACAUUCCUGAUACAACUUCAGGAACCACUGAAGCUAAAAGGAGCAAAGAAGUGCCAGCUUCUGAACCUGUCGUCCAUCAGCCAGCUGAUGACAGAGAAGUUAUAAGCAAGACCCAUGAUGAAAGCAAAAAAAAGGCUAAGCCUCAGAAAAAAGCUUUGAAAAAGAAUCGGAAAGAUGAGGAAGGUAGUGUAGCAGAAAGAUUUAACCCAGAACCUCCUGCUUCCGAAGAGCCCCUCUUGUCUCCUAGAAAGGUUCAGAAGAAAAAAAACGUGGAGAAGAAAUGUAAGCGUUCCCGUGGAGGAGAGUCUGAUAUCUCCGAGGAGGAAAAUGCUUCUCACCAGCCAAGUAAAAAAAAAAGAGGUCCCAGGACUCCUCCAUUAGACAUAUCCCCAAAUGUGAAGGGGGAUUUUGUAGCUCAGGUUGUGGAAAAAAAUAACACAGAGGAAGUGGCCCCACAACCUAAGGUCUGUGAUGCUACCUUUAGUGACUGGUCUGAAGAUGAUGUCCCUGAUCGCACUGAAAUUGUGUCUCAACCUGUUGAAAAGGUUGUAGUUGAUACACCAAAGAAGAAGCAGAAAAAAACUGUAACUGAAAAAGUUGAAUCACCUCAGGUUUUGCCAGCAGCAGCAGAGGAGCAGUCUCAACAGCAGACUGCUGUGCAGCCACUGCUGAGCCAACAUCAUCGCAAACCACCUGAGAAGAAGCGUAGUAGCAGUCUUGGCAGCAACCAAAGUCGCACUUCAAGUCGCUUGAGGUCUCCAUCAAAUGAAUCUGCACAUCGCAGUGGAGAUGACCAAACUGGCAGAAGGCAGCGAUUACAUAGAAGGUCUCGGGACAGAGAACGUGAAAGGAAUACUGUUGUUGAGCCUCCUGUUGAGAGAAAAUCACGUAUUGAUCAACUUAAGCGGGGAGAACCAAGUCGUAGCACAUCUUCAGAUCGUUUGGAUUCUAGAAGCCAUAGCUCACGAAGAAGCUCUCCGGAGUCUGAGAGACAGGCCAGAUCAAGAGCAGGAUCCUAUGACAGCAGAGAGAGAGCACUGGAAAGAGAGAGGGAAAGAGAUCUGGUAGAUCGCGAAAGAGAACGCAAGGACUUAAGGCAACGAGAUUGGGAUUCUGAAAGCAGAGACUGGUCACGUGGACGAGAGACUAGAAGUAGAGAGCAGAGAGAGAGGGACAGGGAUCAGAGGAGAAGGGACAUAGACUCUGACAGGGACAGACUUUUGCCUGAAACUCAUGAAAGAGAUCGGGAUCGUGAGAAACUCUUAGAACUUGGACUUCAUGCAGAAAUUAAGAGAUCAGAGCUCAAGCAAGAGAAAGAAAUAGAACCAUUGCUGCGUGAAGUAGGAUCUGUAGAAGCUGAAAAAGAAGAGAAGAAGACGAUGGAUAGCCCACUUAUAGCUGAAGAGCCUUCUGAAUCUGAAAAACCAGAGAGCAUACAUGGUGAAGAUGAUGGUAAACAAGAUGAUGUCCAGUCUAUGAUAUCUGGAGGAGAGGAAUAUGAGCCCAUAAGUGAUGAUGAACUUGAUGAAAUUUUAGCUGACAGUGGUGAGAAGAGGGAAGAUCAAGCAGAGGAAGAAAAGAUGCCAGACCCUGUAGAUGUAAUUGAUGUUGAUUGGUCUAGCCUAAUGCCCAAACAGCCUAAAGAGCCCAGAGAGGCAGGGGCAGCGUUGUUGAAAUUUACUCCUGGAGCUGUUCUUCUGAGAGCUGGCAUUUCCAAAAGACUUGCAGGCAGUCAACUUUUUUCAAAGGUGAAAGAGGUGUGUUAUGCAGAAAUGGAGGAUCCCAAAGAUGCUGUUGGCCUUUUCACACAUGAACUGGGUGCCUUAAACAUGGCAUCAUUAAAAAGGAAACAAGAGCGAGCUGGCCUUUUGCGCAAUUUGGGACCAUGUUGUAAAGCAUUGUGCUCCAGAAGAGAUAUUGCAAUACGCAAACAACUCUUAAAGAAUGAAAAGGGUACAACAAAGCAAAUUUAUACCAGUCCUCCAGUGGUGGAUAAUGAGUUGCUGCAGCUAAGUCUUCGACUAUUCAGGAAAAAGACAUGUCCAGUAUCUAGUCAAGAAAAGACUGAAGGCAGCUUACUUUCUCAACCAAAUGCCCAGACUGAAGUUUGUGUUUCAUAGGUGAAGCUGAAUCCUCACACCAAGGUGUUACAAAAACAGUUCUAUAGAGACUGAUAAAAUCAGCCUGCGGGACUGGCACAACAAUUGUUACCAUGGUGACACGACCACAGCUUUUUUCUCCUACUGUACAUCAUUUAAUUGUAAAGACCCUCUUCAGUUGAUAAAUAAAGGAUUAAAAAAAACACUUGUUAUGUUUAGCAGAAACAUUUGACAUUUAAUUGUGCAUCAGUGUUAAACUGAUGCUUGAAUUAUUUUACUUCCAGGUUACACUAUUACACAUUGUACUGAUGUCGUCAGCUGCUGUGUCUAAAUGUGUUACAUUUGUGAAAAGGUAACAUCAAAGAAAAAUAUUAUUUAGGCCUUAUUAUAGGUACAGGUUAGCAUUUACUUCUGCUGGACAAAAAUGCUUAUUUAAUUUGAAUAUUUUUUUAAAUUAUGACACCAUAUUACUAAAACUAUUCAUUGCAAAGUGUGUGUGUUUUGUGAAAUAAAAACACUUACUUCCCUGUGAAUUUUGGCAUUUAUUGUCAAAGCUAUAUUAAAAAAAAAAAAAAAAAUCACGUAAGGAACAUUACUUUGUACUUCAUAGUCAUGGUUCUGACGGUCCUUUUGUAUUUCUUUAAUAGGUUACUUUCUUCAAAUUGAUUUGUCCAUUAUGCAUAAUAUCAGACACAAAUAAGUGGAUGUUUUUCUCUAAAAUGUUUACAGUUGCCUAUGUAAAUUGCUGUUUUAUUAACCAAUGUGUAAUUUUUAUUCUGGCUUUUAACUGUUGUUGGAUUAAAAUUUGUUAGUAAGCUUAGUGGACACUUCAAGCAAGCAAGCAAAAAAUAACAAGAAUGAUCAAAAGUGUCAACAGCAUGUACAAGCUCAGCAUUUGGCAUUAUAAACAAUGGCAGCCCACUGUUGGACUGGGGUUAUUACUGUUAAUGUCCAUUUUGCACAUAGCUUAUAAUAACUAGUAAGUACCAACUCCUGAAAUCUCUUAGGACAAGACAAUUGUUCUUUUUCUUAAUGUUUAUAGUUCACAAUUUUUACUGUCCAUUUCAAUGGCAAAAUAAAAUCUUUCAGUAUUGUACUAAUCUUGUAAACGUUUAGUACAUACAUUUCAUAAGUUUUAAA